GGGCCCAUUAGACUUGGCCUACUCAGUAUAUGAACGAACCAUCCUUAGGCUCCACAAUCAACAACACGUUCAUUCUCUAAGCAGUUACAUACCCAUUUCUUCCUCUAUUAUUGGGGCCAUUCAAAUCCCACACCUGUUUCCUCCUGGGUUUUGUUCCACAAUAAUAAACCAUAAUUGGAAGAAGACGAUGAUGCCCAAAAUAGUGAAGCAUCUCAUGCUCCUCUCAACUAUAGCACUUCUUAUCAUCCUUCAUGGACUUGCGGAAGGAGUACUGGAUGUGAAAAACCAGAAGGAGAAGAAGACGUACAUCGUUCACAUGGAUAGAUCCAACAUGCCCUCUGGCUAUAAUGAUCAUCUCCACUGGUACGAUUCGUCGUUGAAGUCGGUUUCUGAUAGCGGCAUGCUUUACUCUUACAAUAAUGUCAUCCAUGGCUACUCAGCACAUCUGACUGCCGACGAAGCCAAAAUGCUCGAGCGGCGGGCAGGGGUCAUCUCUAUCCAGGAGGAGGUGAAAUACGAGCUUCACACGACACGGUCGCCCUUGUUUCUCGGACUUGACGGAGGGGCGGCGGAAAGCAAAGAGUCAUUUGCUUACAGUAUAAGGAAAACCAAGAGUGAGGUUGUGGUUGGUGUGAUAGACACCGGUGUUUGGCCGGAAUCAAGGAGUUUCGAUGACACCGGGCUUGGUCCAGUUCCCAAAAGCUGGAAAGGGGUGUGCGAGGUAGGAAAGAGCUUCAACUCGUCAAGCUGUAACCGGAAACUCAUUGGUGCAAGGUUUUUCGCAAGUGGGUAUGAGGCGGCAAACGGACAGGUUGAUGAGACCAUUGAGUCCAGGUCACCCAUGGAUGAUGACGGCCACGGCACACACACGGCAUCGACUGCAGCUGGAUCAACAGUCAUCGGAGCAAACUUGUUUGGUUUCGGUUCUGGCACGGCACGUGGGAUGGCCCCACAAGCAAGGGUUGCGGCGUACAAAGCGUGCUGGCUGGGAGGGUGCUUGAGCAGCGACAUAUUAGCCGCCAUUGAAAAGGCCAUAGAAGAUGGGGUGAAUAUACUCUCAAUAUCACUUGGCGCUGCGGCCGGCGAAUACUACAGUGACCCAAUAGCAAUAGGAGCGUUCGCAGCAGCCAGCAGAGGAAUCUUUGUGUCCUGCUCGGCUGGAAACGGCGGACCCUUCCCAAAUAGCCUCUCCAAUAUUGCCCCGUGGAUAACAACAGUGGGUGCAGGAACAAUCGACCGUGCCUUCCCGGCAUAUAUCAGUAUUGGUAAUGGGAAGAAAUUCGAAGGGGUAUCACUUUACGGGGGGAACCCCUUGUCUACUUCCCAGGUACCCCUAGUAUAUGCCGGUAGUAAUGGCACUUCAUUAGAUGGAGGAUUAUGCACCGCAGGCAGUCUGGUUCCUAAAAAGGUAGCCGGGAAAAUUGUGGUAUGCGACAGAGGUGAGAACAGGAGAGCAGAAAAGGGUUUGGUUGUACGAGAUGCAGGUGGGAUAGGCAUGAUACUAGCAAACACUGACCUUAGCGAAGAUGACCGGAUUGCAGAUGCCCAUCUCAUCCCAACAGCAGCCGUGGGUGAGACCGCAGGUGACACGAUAAAGAACUACAUAUCUUCCACCCGCAAUCCAACAGCCACGAUCGGAUUUGGGGGAACAAGGUUGGAAGUCCAGCCGUCACCUGUUCUGGCUGCUUUCAGCUCUAGAGGCCCAAACUCGAUCACACCUGAGAUACUAAAACCGGAUUUCAUAGCACCCGGGGUUAACAUCCUUGCGAGUUGGACGCAGAGAGUCGGACCGACCGGGUUGCCACAAGACAAGAGGCGUGCCGACUUCAAUAUCAUCUCUGGGACUUCAAUGUCAUGCCCGCAUGUGAGCGGACUGGCUGCGCUACUCAAAACCGCUCAUCCCGAAUGGAGCCCUGCAGCUAUAAGAUCAGCACUUGCAACAACAGCUUAUAGAACAUACAGGAAUGGGAAGACCAUUGAAGAUGCAGCAAAUGGUAUGCCAUCAACACCGUUUGAUCACGGUGCUGGCCAUGUAAACCCGGUAUCAGCACUUGAUCCGGGUCUUGUUUAUGAUGCAACAGUUGAUGAUUACACAAACUUCCUUUGUGCCACUGGAUACAGUGCAAGUCUGAUCAAGAUCAUCACAAAGAAAUAUGUGUCGUGUGGUACAACGAAAGAACACAGAAUUGCUGAUCUUAAUUACCCAACUUUUGCUGUUCCUUUCGAGACGGCUUGGGGUAAGGGUGGUGAGAAAAAAACAGUGGUCAAGUACACAAGGACACUCACAAAUGUGGGCAAACCAGCUACUUACAAGGCCUCAUUCUCUGUUCAGACCAAGUCUGUAGAGAUGAUAGUUGAGCCACAAGCUUUGAGUUUUAGUAGACUGAACGAGAAGAAGAGCUACAUAGUGACAUUUAUUGCUAGUUCUAUGCCAUCUGGCACCACUGGCUUUGCCCAUCUGGAAUGGUCAGAUGAAAAACAUAAUGUCCAUAGCCCAAUUGCUUUUAGCUGGACAUGAUUAUAUGGCAGUCAUCCAUACCCCCCAUGAUCAUUAAUGAUACCACCUCUGAUCAAGAAAAAAGAGUCUUGAUUGUAAUACUAAGAUUCAAUAUUACAAAAAGACUCUUUCUGUGAUGUAGGGAGUAAUAUGGAAUGGGUUAUUGUUUAAUUCUCAGGCAACCAGACCUGACAUGUAUUAUCAAGAAACGUUUGUGUAUAAU